AUCAAACAACAGCCAUGUUUAGAUUUAGGGUCAAAUAGAAGACCAUCGGCUUUAAUCUGGUAGACUUUAGUGGAUUUAUUUCACCGUUAUACCUUUGGAGAUCCAUAUCGGAAAUAAACUGAUAUCUUUACUGAUAUUGACAGACUAAACGCUCCUCUGCGGCUUCAUCUGCACCUUUUGUCAGCGGAAAUACAGGAUGAUGUUUAUAAUUAGACGCCAAAACAACUGACGGAGCGUUUGUCGAGGCUUGGAAAAAUAAAAAAAGGUGUUUUCCACAGCCAGUGCUGUCAAACAUAAGAGGACCAUAGAUGUGAUUCCUUCCCACUGCGGGCGGCGUUCAACUACAAAAUCCAUCCAAAUGAUGUCAGGAAAGCAUUUCAAGGCUCAUGAAGUGAGCUGCUGCAUCAAGUAUUUCAUCUUCGGAUUCAACAUAAUAUUCUGGUUCCUUGGAGUGGCUUUCCUGGGCAUUGGGUUGUGGGCAUGGAGCGAAAAGGGUGUUCUCUCCAAUAUCUCGUCUAUCACAGACCUGGGGGGUUUUGACCCAGUCUGGCUCUUCUUGGUGGUGGGUGGUGUGAUGUUCAUCCUCGGAUUCGCUGGUUGCAUUGGAGCGCUGCGAGAAAACUCUUUCUUGCUCAAAUUUUUCUCCGUGUUCCUGGGUAUCAUCUUCUUCCUGGAGCUGACUGCAGGAGUCCUGGCCUUUGUCUUCAAAGACUGGAUCAAGGACCAGCUCAACUUUUUCAUUAACAACAACAUUCGGGCCUACAGAGACGACAUUGAUCUGCAGAACUUGAUAGACUUCACCCAGGAAUAUUGGGAGUGUUGUGGAGCUUUUGGAGCUGACGACUGGAAUUUGAACAUCUACUUCAACUGCACUGAUUCAAACCCGAGUCGUGAGAAAUGUGGAGUGCCCUUUUCCUGCUGCACCAAAGAUCCAGCCGAGGAUGUUAUCAACACUCAGUGUGGCUACGACAUCCGAGCAAAAACGGACUCUGAGCAGCGGACUUUUAUCUAUAUCAAAGGGUGCGUUCCUCAGUUUGAGAAGUGGCUUCAAGACAACCUGACUGUGGUGGCAGGCAUCUUUAUUGGGAUUGCAUUACUACAGAUUUUUGGCAUCUGUUUAGCACAGAAUCUCGUCAGCGACAUUGAAGCCGUGAGAGAGAGUUGUUUGUUUACCUAAGACCUCCACAGAAUUUCCAAAGGCAAGAAGGAUGUACCAGGGCUCUGCAGUUUGGACGCCAGCAAUGAAGGGAAAUACAUUAAUCAGCUAAUGUGUCCAGAACCAAGAGUCAUUCAUUCAUAUGUAAAUAGUAAAUUUAGAGUUAUUUUUAGAGUUAUUUGUAGCCAUAUUUUUGAAUGAAGCACAACCUUUAAAAUGUAUUGUAGCUCUCAUACAGCACAAAUUAAACAAAUGCAAUGCUGUAAAUGAGGAGCUGAGGGGGUCAUAACUUGUAAACAGGAUAAACGAAGGUAGAUUGGAUGUUUUAUCAGAGGUAGAGCUUCAUUCAGAAAAGGGCCUUGGUUUUAUAUGUCUCACAGCUGCAGUUUUUAAUACUGCAUGUAAGGGUUGUGUACAAAGAUAAAAGUGAUUCUGGAAAUGCACUGCAUGCCUCUUGUCUACUGGUAGGACAUUGGCUCUCCUAAAUGUAUUUCAUUAAUAUUAAGUAUUAAAAUAUUUGUAGUCACUAGUUUGGAGUGAAUCGGCUGGUUAGCACUUUCUUGAAUGUUUAAUGGAAUCUACUUAAAGCGAGAAGAGAAUUAACUUUAGAUUUAUUACCUUCUGCGGCAUCAUGCUCAUAUAAGCAGUAAGAGUUUUUGUGGGGCUGAGGUGGAUAUAGUAACAUGUAGUAUCGUGAAGGGAUAUGAUGGAUGUUGUAGGCUUUGCAAAGUUGCAGUUUGUUUAGAGUUAUGGCAGUGACAUUAAAAAAAUGUCUAAAUAUAUUGAAGUAAGUAAGUAACUAAAUCGAAACUCAGCCUUAAGCACUUUAAUCGUCAUAUAAGGGUGAUGAAGCUCAUUGCAGUUUCUGUCAUGGCCGACUGUUAUUUUAGACAAGCAGCAGCCACUCGAGGGGGCACUUUUCCUUAAAAACUUGCAAACUGCAUCUGUAACUACAUGAUGCGCCAUAAUGUCAGAUAAUUUGUCCAAAAGCAGCUUGACAGAAAAUGUGUUGAGCUAUUCCUUGCACAUUACCAUAUCUUACUGUCAGUGUUCAUUCAUUUUCCUCUAUUUUUUAAUUGUUGCCGAUGUGUUUCUUUGAUGGAAUCUGCCUAUUUGAUGAGAUACCUUUGUUGGUUUUGUUUCUUUUUGAUCUGUAAGUUUUCACUGGAAAAUUAGGAUACAAGCUAUUUCAAAGGCUCAUCAUGAAUGGCAUGCUGGGACUGCUUGGUGGUACUUAACUGAACAUAGAAAUGAUUUAUAGCCUACAUACAUACUUUACUUGAAAGUGGAGCACACAGGCUCUCUCACCAGCAUUAUUUAAAAAUGGAAACUGAGUUACAGCUUAUAGUUUUUAAUUUCUAGACAUUACCUUGAAGCAUAUAUUAUUAUAUUUUGUGUAAUAACCUUUAAUAGAACUGCAUAGCAUGAAAGUAAAAGCAGCCAUUUUAUGUAAAGGCUGCGUGAACCUGCAGCAGGUUACACAGAGCUUCUUCUUUGCAGUCAAAACUUCUGCAGCCUUGAUGAACUGAACUGAACAUCCUUACACAAAAUAUAUUUAAAAAAUACAUUUCUGCAUUGUGAAAUCUUAUAAAUGUAAUACAGCAGCAAGGGGAGGGCAUAAAUCCUUUUUUCCCACUAAAAUCUCUAUAUGACUUUUUCUUACCACUCAGUGCCAUAUUUGUGAUUUCUGCUUCUACAUACUCCUGAUUAUAACGUUACUUUUGUUUCAUGUGUACUCCCGAUUCUUGUAAAUAACUGGAUUGUGACAAGUUGUAAAUAUAUAUCUGAAUAAAUGUGGUUCUUUGUAAA